AGGAAUGUCCUCCUUCUCCUGCCUAUGACAUGGUUUAACCCACGAAUGAUCUGGUCACCGUGAUGGCCUCCAUGGUUGCCAAUGGAAACCAAGACGGGCAGUCUCUGGUCUUGAAAGGGGUGGAUCCAGAGACCUGCAUGAUUGUGUUCAAGAACCACUGGGCUCAGGUGGUGAAGAUCCUAGAAAAGCAUGACCCCCUGCGCAGCACCUCCACACUGCCCUCUCUAGGUGUCAUCAACCUCAGCGCUGGCUCUAGCAGCAGCUCUCGUUUUGGCCAAAUCCCCGGAGACGAGGCAAGUGCUGUGCAGAACUAUGUGGAACACAUGCUGUUCUUGCUGAUAGAGGAGGGCAGCGGUCAGGUCGGUGCAAUGGGCCCCAUCCUGGAGUUUGUGGUGAUGGAAAACGUGAUGGAGCGUCUCUUCGUGUGGAGCCUCCGUAGAGAGUUCACUGACGACAUGAAGCUGGAGCAGCUGAAGAUGUACGAGAUGCUGGUGGGCCAAGCGCGCCAGCCUCUGCUGCAUCAUAAGCCCAUCCUGCGGCCCCUCAUGAUGCUGCUGUCGUCCUGUUCAGGCACCACGGUACCAGACGUUGAAGACGAGCUGGUGCUGCUGCUCAACCAGCUGUGCUGCGUUCUGGCCAAGGACCCUUCAGUUCUGGAGCUGUUUUUUCACACUAGUGAGGAUCAGGGAGCCACCAACUUUCUCAUCUUCUCCCUGCUCAUCCCCUUCAUCCACAGGGAGGGCACAGUGGGCCAGCAAGCCAGAGAUGCCCUGCUGCUCAUUAUGUCGCUGUCUGCUGAGAACGAGCGAGUGGCCAAACACAUAGCAGAGAAUACUUACUUCUGUCCGGUGCUGGCCACAGGGCUGAGCGGCCUGUACUCAUCUCUCCCCACCAAACUGGAGGUUCCCAAUGAGGAGUGGCACAGCCUGCACAGAGAAGAUUGGCUGAAGAUGCCGCCCCUGGUCCAGUUUCUUAACUCACUAGAAUUCUGUAACGCUGUUAUUCAGGUGGCCCACCCUGAUAUCAGAGACCAGUUGGUGAGCUAUAUUUACAACGGAUUCCUUGUGCCUGUUCUCGCACCAGCACUUCACAAGCUGACCCUAGAGGAGGUGAUGACCACCACAGCGUACCUCGACCUCUUCCUGAGAAGUAUCACUGAGCCAGCCCUGCUGCAGACUUUCCUCUCCUUCAUCCUCAUGCACCAACACGAGGGCGUUCACAUCUUAGAUACUCUGGUCAGCCGCAUCAACACCCCCUUCCAGCUGGGCAUUGUGUCACUGGCACUUUUCCGCACUCUCAUUGGCUUAUACUGUGAAGAUGUGAUGCUGCAGCUCGUACUGAGGUACCUGAUCCCCUGUAAUCACAUGAUGUUGAGUCAGAGACGUGUGGUGAGGGAGAGGGACUGCUACUCUGUGUCAGCAGCAAAGAUCCUGGCAUUAACGCCAUCCUGCUGCUCUCCUGAUCACAGCCCCCCACCUCUCCGACAGCUGGACUCCAUCCUCUUUUCUAAAGGUGCAGAGACUCCCAACAACACUGGCACCAGAGAGGACAAAGAGAGCUUCUCAGAGGAGGAUGAUGAUUCGGGUAACUCCUGCACCAUCGGGUCAGAAAUCUACUUGGAUGUCAGUUAUCUUCAUUACCUCUACGAUGCCCGACUGAGCAUCAGCAGCUGCAUCCGGGCCUGCAAGGUUUGGGCAGCCCUGUAUGACGGUGAGGACCCCCCUCCUGAGAAAUACCAGCCAGGCGUUCUCGAGGAGCCGGGACUGAAGUGUCGGCAAAUCCAGAUGGCUCUUAAGAGAGGUCCACAGCCACCGGCCCCACGCCCUCGACCCAGCCCACCACCAAAGUCAGAGCCACCCUCCGUCAACCAGCUGGAGCUGGAGUGGGAUGAUAGUUAUGAUGCGUGCCCGGUGCAGUCUGCUGAGGCUCCUGUUGAGAGUAAACCUCCACAGCCGCCUUCUGCUGAACCUCCAAAGCACAUCCAGGAGAUGAGGAGAACAGCCAUCAUGUUAGUUAAAGGCUCAUACAUUGAGGAAUCUGAUUUCCAGGACGAUGUCAUGGUUUAUGAUCUGGUUGCAAAGAAAGAUGCCAGAGAUGUUGAGCGUGUUAAGCACAAACCCAACGGGUCAGAAUCAGAAGAACCCCAACCAGACUCAGCUGAAGUUCCCCUUAAAAAUGGACUCAGUGUAACACUUCCAACUUCUGUUAUAGCUGAUAAAAGCAAGAAUAGCUUGGACAUAAAGGCCAGAGGUCAAACAGAUUCCAACCUCCAAAACACAACCACCACCACCACCGCUGCUGCUGAGCCAGGUAAUGACCUUUUGGCUCAGUACGAGGAGCUCCUUCGUACAUUGGACAAAGAAGCAGUUGGAAAAACUGUCAAAUCUGAUGAAGAGUUGAAGAAGCCCAUUUCACCUUUGGAGGCAGAGAAGGAGAAGGAUGAGGAGGAGGAGAUGGAUUUCUCCUCCUUCUCUGCUGAGACACCGGAGCCAGAGAAGGUGCAUUCACCUUUUGGCCCCAAACUUCGAAGCGGAAGUAUAAAUAGAAACUAUUCAGUGCCUUUUACAGGUCCAUUUGUCAGUGUGCUUUUGUCUCGUCUGGAGAACAUGCUGUCCAACUCGCUUCAUGUCAACUUGUUGUUGACGGGCAUACUGGCCCAGUUGGCAGCCUACCCUCAGCCUCUGCUUCGCUCAUUCCUUCUCAACACCAACUUGGUCUUUCAGCCGACAGUUCGCUCCCUGUACCAGGUACUAGCCACCGUGAAGAACCAGAUAGAAGAGCUGGCUGCCAGCAGAAGGGACUUUCCAGAGCUGAUUACUGCCGCCCAACACUGGCUGCUGGCAAGGGAGGCGUUGUGCGGAACAGCAGACAAAAACAGCGGCGGUGGCUCCACACACGGUGAGGGAGGGAGGAUCUUGAAGAAUUCCCCGCCACCAAAGCCCAAAGCCAUCUCUCUGGACCGGACAGACGUGUUCGCCACCGUCCUCUUCACGGAGUUUCUCAAAGAACUGGCUGCCAUUGCACAAGAGCACUCCAUCUUAUCAUACAUUCCUAUGGAAGAUUAGUUGUGUCCUGAUAGGCCUCUGUGAUGAGUCCAACUGAACUCUGAAAGAUUUUAAAACUCCUUUUUGGAUGGUUUUCUUCUACUUCUUCUUCUUCUUUUUUUUGUCUGGUCUUUUUCAGGUACUACUCCAUGAAGAAACCUCUUAGAUCCAGCGAUUUACACAAUUAUUUUAAAAAUGAGUAUUUAUUUUCAAAGCAAAGAUAAUCACUUUAAUGUGCUUUUUAAUUUCAUCAUUCUGUUUAGUGUCGGGCAGCCAAGGAGGAAGUUUUGACCUUGAGCUAGAAAACCUUGACCUGCACCAGCCAAUAAUGUUCAUAAAAGUGAGCUUUAGGUCCACCAACCAAAGACUGUAGACAAAUUAUUUUUAAUAACA